AUGUUCUUCCAUAAGUUGCUAAGUCAUGUGAAAUUUGGUACGUACAAUCCAAUGGAUUGGACAUUUCAGACAAUAAUGGACUUAUUACAAAGUCCAAACGAUGGCCGAUUUAUAUUAGCUGAUGCUAAGUUGAAUAAUGGUAGUCUCUCUGACGAAAGACAGAAUACAUUGACUAAAUUAUUAAUGAAUUUUAUGUUUCAAGAUAAGAGCAAAGGCACUGAUUUAUUUUUCCGAAAAAUAUAUAGUUUAAUAGCUGAAAUAUUUCCUAACGAAGAACAGGUUGGUAUAGGUUAA